UUUGUGAAAGAGGUUUUGAUGAUUAUCCAAGAUAUCCAAUAAUAAGAAAAACAAUAUGCUCUCAUAUUGAUUUUGAUAAACUGAAUAUAACAAAAAUUGAUCUUAUUGAGGGAAAUUAUAUUGACCUUGAACGAAAUGGUGAUAAUCAUCCAUUUCGUACACUAUUAAUAAAAUUUGAUAAUUGUACAUUUAAAGAUAAUAAAUUACCAACAAAUUUUUUUAUAAUGUACCCUACAAUACAAAAAAUUGAAGUAACAAAUUCGAAUUUAAAUUAUAUUAAUAUUGAAAAUGACAACAAUAUUAUAAAGAAUGAUAGUGAUAAUAAUAAUGAUAAUGAUAAUAUGUAUAAUAAUAAAAAUGAAUUAAAGAUUCAGCAUAUAACAGUACUGAAUAUGGAAUCAGAUCCCUCGUUAGAGGAUAAUUUUUUAAUUAUUAAUGAAAAUUUAUUAGAAAUAAAUUUUUCUCAUAAUAAAAUAAAUAUUUUACCAAAUAAUUUAUUAUAUAAAUUUCCAUCAUUAGUAACGAUAGAUUUAUCAUUUAAUAAUAUUAAAGAAAUUAAUGAAAAUAAUUUCGAUAUAUCACAUAAUCCAAUACAUUUAAUUGAGGGAAACACAUUUAAGUCACCUUCAUUAUAUUAUUUAAAUUUAUCGCAUACAAAUAUUACAAAUUUGGAUUAUAAUACAUUUUGGUUUACACCGAGAAUAUUAAUAUUAGAUUUAUCAUAUAAUAAUUUAAAAAAAUUUGAUGGACAUUCCUUGUACCCUAUACAAAAUUUAUUAACAUUAUAUUUAGAUGGAAACAAUUUAACUGAAAUUGAUUAUGAAGAUUCAAGAAUUAUAAGAGAUCGUUUAGAUAUUGGAUUAACAGAUAAUAACUGGAAUUGUACAUUUUUAAAGAAUAUGAUAAAAUAUUUAAAUGAAAAAUAUAUUAAAUAUUUAUUACCAAAUAAUCACUUACCAAUUGGAGAUAAAAAUAUAGCUGGUAUUGGAUGCUGGGAAAAGAGCCAUGAAACAAAAAAAAAUAAAAACCCAUAUAGUAUAAAUGAAAAAUUUACAUCAAAUUUAGAGAAACACAUCACAUAUUAUUCUGAAGACAAUAAUUAUAAUCAAAGUUUAUUACUAAAUUUAAUGAAAGAACAGGAACGAACCAAUAUUUUAUUAAUAGCAAUAACAACAUGUAUUAGUGUUAUAUCAUUAAUAAUUAUUGUAGACAUCAUUAAAAGAAACUUUUGUAAUAAAAAUGUAAGAUAUAGUUCUAAACAUUUUCGAGUAGAAAAUGUACCUUUUGUAGAUAGACAAACAUUUAAUUUAUAAAUAUAAAUAGAUAAGAACAUUAUAUGUAUGUAUAUGCACAUAUGUAGACAAACAGUCGGAUCCUUAUAUUUCAAACAACGAUUACAAGCAAAAAGUUUUUAUAAAUACAAAUAAAUUUGUUUCAUUUACCUCUUUUUUGCUUUUGAAGUGCAGUCCCUUUAUAAGAAAAAAAAAAUUUAAGGACAAAACUUUUUUAACUUCAUCUAAAAUUGAAUUUUCACAUUACGGUAUUGUUAUAAUUAUGUGUACAAAAUUUUAUUUCUAUGUUUGCAUAGUACUCGUAUAUCUUUAAAAUAGUUGUCAAGCUAAAGGUAGAAAACUCGGUAAGAAGAAAAAUUGGUGUUUAUUACCGUUUGUUUUUAUAGGAAGGGAUUUUUUAACUUUAGUUUCCUCUAAACAAUUAUAUAAUAAUAUAAAUAAAAAUUUGUAAAAUAUUACAAAUUAAACGUAAAGCUAAAAAAAUUGAAAAAUUUGAGCUCUGCGAAAAUUUUUAUAAUUGUAAUAAUAAAAUGAAUGUGAAUAGCAAAUAAAUGAACGAGUAAAUAAUCGUUUGUAAGAAAAAUUGGAUAUAAGUAGCAUGGAUUUUGAAUUACGCAUAUAAACAACUUUCGAUGUGUUUAUAAGCGGAUCCGACUGAUGUACCUAUUAUACAAUAGAUAUGUAUAAAAAAGUAUAUAAGUAUAUGUAUAAUAUGUAUUUAAAUUUAUUACAAUUUGAUACAAUAGAAGGAAAUAAAUAGAUAAUUUUAAUUAUUUCAAAUAUGUAUUUAACAUACAUAUAAUCUAUUAAAUAAUUUAUCUUGUGUAUUUU